AUGCGAUUAUCUCGUUUCCUAUGGAUUAUUGAUAAUAUUGAUAUCUCUUUGAAUUUUUUUCGUAAACAAAAAAUAGAGAAAAUUAAAUACGUUAUUGUAUUCAUUCAUUAUAUAUUCAUUCAUACUUCAGUUUCUAUCUAGGGAAUUUCGGGGAGUCACUGGAGAGUACGAAGAUAAUUAACUUCACUCUUGUAGGUUAUGGAGUAGAUUUCUGUGAGACCCACGUGAUAAAUAGUGAAAUAUGUGCAGUAAUUGGUAAAAAUAAAUAUUGUACAGAAUGAAGGUGAAGAUAUUAACGAGGAAUCCUGAUGAAUACCUCAGGGAGACUAAAAGAGAUAUCCACAGAGUUCCAAGAAAUUAUGAUCCAGCACUCCAUCCAUUUGAAGCUGCGAGGGAGUACACUCGAGCACUGAAUGCUGUGAAACUUGAUCGAGUAUUUGCUAAACCCUUUAUUGGUAAUUUGGAAGGGCAUAAGGAUGGAGUUUCAGCUGUAUGUAAACAUCCUGGUCGUCUCUCUGUCAUUGUCAGUGCAUCUUUCGAUGGUGAAAUCAAAAUAUGGGACUUACCACAACGAAAUUGUGAGAGAUCCAUUCUAGCACAUGAUGGAAUCGUUCGCGGAAUUACGUUUUCCUCGGAUGCUGACCACUUUAUUACUGUUGGCGAUGAUAAAAUGAUUAAAGUGUGGAAAUCUGAUGCACCUAAUGAGGGCGAAGAAGACCUCCCUACGAAUACAAUCAUCAGUAGAAACGUCAUCACUGGCAUUUCACAUCAUCGGAAGAAACCUGAGUUCGCGACGUGCGGAGAAGUCUGUCAAUUAUGGGAAGAAACUAGGAAUGAACCGAUAAAAACGUUCAAAUGGGGUGUAGACAGUCUUCACGAUGUUAAAUAUAAUUUUGUUCAAUCGAAUUUGCUCGCGGCUUGUGCGAGUGAUAGGAGUAUCAUCUUGUAUGAUACGAGAGACACCGGUCCACUCCGUAAAGUUGUUCUGAAAUUGAAAACUAAUAAGUUGGCGUGGAAUCCUAUGGAGGCCUACACUUUUACCUGUGCCAACGAAGAUUACAAUUUAUACACUUUUGAUAUCAGAAAAUUAAAAACUCCAGUUAAUGUUCAUAAAGACCACGUGGGCGCCGUUACUGACGUCGAUUACUCACCAACGGGGAAAGAAUUUGUCUCGGGAAGUUACGACAAAUCAGUGAGAAUAUAUGAAAUUAAUAAAGGCCAUUCUAGGGAUAUUUACCACACAAAACGAAUGCAGAGACUCACGAGCAUUGCUUGGUCUCUCGAUAAUAAAUACAUCAUCAGUGGCAGUGAUGAAAUGAAUAUUCGAGUGUGGAAGGCUCGCGCAUCAGAAAAAUUGGGAGUCCUGAGACCGAGGGAAAAAGCUGCUCUUAAUUACAGUGCAGCUUUGAAGGCGAAAUUCGCAGGACACCCUCAAGUACGAAGAAUUGCUCGACACAGACAAGUGCCUAAACACAUUUACAAUGCUCAAGCAGAAUUACGAACAAUUCAUAAUAAGCGUAAAACAAAAGAGGCGAAACGUCGAGCUCAUUCUCGUCCUGGUACAGUUCCAUUUGUUUCCGAACGAGAGGCACACGUGGUCCAAGAGAAAAACGACUGAGUAUUCGUGAACGAUUGGUAAAAGUGAAUAAUAAAUAGAUUUCAUUUGAAGGCAACAUCGAAAAAUAAAUCUCCAUGAAUUCUCAA